AUGUCUCUGAGCGAAGAUGAGGUGGUGCAGAAGCAGGCUGCUAAAGUAUUGGGUUGCUUGGCUGAAGAUCCAAAGAUGGCUGAAGAACUUUUUCGCAGCGAUGUUCACACGCCCAUGAUUGGGCUGAUGCGGUCAUCGAAGCAUGAUCUUCAAGGGGGGGGCCUGCGUGUGCUUGCCAGCCUUGCACUGGCAUCAGACAUGGUUUCAGCGUGUCUGUUGAAAUCUGAGAUGCUGGAAGCACUCCAGGAGAUGAUUCGGACCCCCACCGCUGCCUCCGUUCGCCAUCUGGCACUGGAGACCCUAGGCAACUUGGCCUUUUCUCAGGAUGGCAAAGCCACCUUGGCAAACGUCCCAGGCAUGCGAAGCAUGCUCAUCGACUUGGCCGAAGGACGCGGCACUGAUGUGGACAGGAAGACACGUGUGUGUUCCCUGCGUGUGCUUGCAAUACUUGGUCAACUUGACGAAGUGUGGAGAAUCACUGGCCGUCCCAACGUCAAAGGGCGUGGUGUUCGAAUCUUGACCAUGGACGGUGGUGGAAUGAAGGGAAUUUGCACUGUGGCCCUGCUCCGCGAGAUCGAGCGCAGGACAGGCAGGAGGAUUAGUGACCUGUUCGACUUGGUCGGUGGCACAAGUACAGGGGCAAUGUUGGGGGCUGCCAUUGGGCUUCGAGAUUUCACACUGGACCAGGGUGCAGACAUUUACAAAAAGUUGGGCUUCAAGGUGUUCAGCCAGCCCGAGGAAGAACAGCCUGGCUGGAAGGAGAGCCUUUAUCGGAUGUACCGAAGUGGUCAACAGAGCAUUCGGGUUGCGAUGACUGGCUGCAAACACGAUGCAAGCACAUUUGAAGGUUUGCUUCAGGACUUCAGCAGCUUUCCCCGAGAUUUUUGCUUGAAUGAUGCCUUCAUAGACACAGCCUGUCUACCCUUGCCCAGAUUUUUUGCAGUGGCGACCUUGUGCACAACUGUGCCUUCCGUUCCAUACCUGUUCAGGAAUUACGAGUUUCCACCUGAAAGGAACGAACUUGUGCGAGGGUUGAAUGGCUGCCUUGGGAGUUCAAAGCACCUUGUCUGGGAAGGUAUUCGAGCAUCUUCUGCUGCGCCAUACUACUUGGUAGACUUCCAGAUUGGUGACUCUCGGUUCCAAGAUGGCGCUGUCAUCGCCAACAAUCCAACAGCGAUUGCCAUCCAGCAGGCCAGGCUGCUGUGGCCCGAUGCGCCCAUCGACUGUGUUGUGUCUCUGGGAGUGGGCUCUGUGCCAAGGGCCCAGCGUGAGAAGUCCUCCUCCACUUUAUUGGAGAAUGGAAGCAUUCUGAUUGAGAGUGCCUGCAGUGUGGAGAGGGUCAAUGAAGCACUUCUGGCUUCACUGCCCAUGGUGCCAGGCCUUAAGUACUUUAGAUUCAAUCCUGUAGAUGUUCGUUGCGACAUGCCCUUGGAUAGCACCGAUCCUGAAGCAUGGACCCGGCUUGAGGCUGCCACAGCAGAGUACAUCGAACAAGAGGCUUCGCGGUUUGAUGAGGCAGCGACGCUCCUUUGCUCCAACUUAGAGUGCAGCAGAUCUGUGGCAACAGCGCCCGAUGCCAGCCGUGUGUUCCUGGGCUCCCGGCGAACCAUCACAGUCGUUGAUUGCCCCCUGCCUGGAGACACGUCUUGGCCUGUCGCUGUCUCUAAGAUGUGCAAGGGCUUUACUCAGUGCCUUUAUGCAUGCACACGGGGAUUCCCUUUAGAACUCAACGACGAGUCACCAAGUAAAGAGGAGCAAGUUCGUGAUAGUGCUGCCGCCCAGAAUGUGGUACCCAUUCUACAUGAGCCAUCCCUCAGCGACUGGAAUACUGAGCGGCAGAAGCACAAUGCAUUCAAUUCUGAGGUUCCUCAGGCGUCUGGAGACUGUGUUGGCUUGCAGACCUGUUUUGACCCAUCCAGUAUGCCUAAGUUUGCAGCCAAGGAUGACUACCCAUCAGGUGCACCACUUUCCAACAUUCAAACACCAUUUACCAAGUGUGAUGUGGCGCUGUCAGGAGCAGCAUCGCCAGAUUCGUUUGGUGAACAAUUGCAAGGUGGGCUUUGGGUAAAUGACAGCCUCUGUUUUGAUGUACUUGUGUGCUGA